GAACGAACCAAUAACGAACGAAUGAGUGCAGAAAUAUCUUCGAUUUUUUCCUUGGAACAGUUUGAAUGGGAUUUCAACACUGACAAGUCUUUUAAAGAAAAAAUGGCGUCUGUCACCUCAAGCUUCUGUAAUGAGAACAGGACAGAAUGUGCACUGAAAGAUUCAAGACGAAAAAGACGCUCCCUUUUCAUCGAUCUGUACACCGCUGACCAAGUUCACCUCUUGCCUGGUUACCCUAACAACGCCUCGGGACCCGUUCUGGUUGCGCUUUACGUACAGCAGCCCCUGGGUCUUUUUAUUGGUAAUGUAUCGGUACUACCUGGCAAAACUCUGCUUGGCAUUGUUUCAUUGUACAAGUCAGAGCUUGAAAACGCCAUUGGGGCAAAUAUCACUGAUUUGACAGCUCUUUUCACACGGCCCACAACGUCAUCAACAGAAAAANGCAUUGUUUCAUUGUACAAGUCAGAGCUUGAAAACGCCAUUGGGGCAAAUAUCACUGAUUUGACAGCUCUUUUCACACGGCCCACAACGUCAUCAACAGAAAAACCACCAGAGGCGAGCGUCAACGGUUCCGGGAAAUGGGUUGCGGUUGGUGUCAGUGCUGGAGUGGUCGUUAUCGUUUUGCUUACUAUUGUCCUGGUUUGGCGGUGA